GGUCUGUUGAUAGUCACUUCCUGAAUCCUGGAACACUCUUCAGUUAACAACGACACCAAACGGGCGCUCUAUGGACAGAGAGGACUGUGUCUCCUAGCGUUUACAGUUUUAAAUAGUCUUGUUUUAAUCUAAACGCUAAGCAUGGCUGUGGCUGAAGCAGUGGUACCUGCCAUGGCAUCGUUUCCAAAUGUUCACGAGGUGGAAGGAAAACAGUUUGCCAAUCUGUGCAAGGUGACUGAGCUUGGAAGGAGCAGUACAACAGGUGACGCAGACAAUCCGCGUAUCGAAGUGGAGUUCAGCAUUGUACAGCCUCCUGCUUUACUUCUCAAAGAAGAGGACGAGCUAGGGAAAUUAUUGGACCUUGAGUUCAUUUUGUCCAACACAAUCGCUUCCGAUGCUGUGAGCAAUAGCAACAACGCCGGCAACAUUUCUCCGCCUCAGCAGCAACAGUGUGCAUAUUCUUUGCCAGAGUCUCCUGAGAGCUGCAGCGGUGGUUCUGUGCCAGACUGCAGUGAUCAGCCCUCCUCUCACCUGGCCGCACAGAGCUACCACGGGACCGCGAGCUUUACGGGCUCUGGCCCAGUCCGCAGUCUCAUGGCGGAGCUUCUCACGUCUGAGAUAACAUACCCGGGGGAGAGUUCACCGCACAGCGCCGACAAGGCGAGAGACGGACAGGAGGGCACAGAACUGGGAACGUUGAAUUCGGGCAUCGUUCCAACUGCACCUGUUAUUCAUCAAGUGCCCACAUCUCCUUCGCCGCUUGGAUACAAAAUUAAGAUCGAGUCUGUUGGCCAAUCGUGUAUGAUGGGUGCUUCUGUUGGGGACUUUAUGGGACAGAUGUUUGAGAAACACGAAAUAUGCUCUGUGCAUCCGGAAGCUUUUACGCACCACCACACUGGAGUUCCAGGUGCGUUACCGGGAUUCGGUACGCACACUGUGCAGCACCAUGCAUGUCAGGGACGCACAGACUGUCUUUUGGCACAGAUUAACUCUACCAUGAGCUCUCAUCCUAAUCAGCACCAUCUCCAAAGCCAGUACAUGAACUCGCCCUACCAGCUGCAGUACGCACACCAGAGUGUGCCACAGUUUCAAGGACAGUACAGCAUGCACAGAGUGCCAGUGCGCGUUCACCAGCAGCAUCAUCUAGCUUCUGUGCAAGGAAUGAUGCUCACUCCUCCCUCGUCACCGUCGAUACUGGAGUUUUACGCACAUGAUGAGCUGGGGAGCAUCAAGCAGAAGCGAGGCCGCAGGUCGUGGGCCAGAAAACGGGCCGCGACCCACAACUGCGAGUUCCAAGGCUGUGGGAAAACCUACACAAAGAGUUCCCACCUCAAAGCACACAUGAGAACACACACAGGUGAAAAGCCAUACCACUGUAACUGGGAAGGUUGUGGCUGGAAGUUCGCCAGGUCAGACGAGCUAACCCGUCACUUCAGAAAACACACUGGGCAUCGACCUUUUCAGUGUCAGCUCUGUGAGCGCGCGUUCUCUCGCUCAGAUCACCUGGCUCUCCACAUGAAGAGACACAUAUAGGCCACGCUGAAAGUAUGGACACUUUUCUGUCCAAAUCCAUCAUAUGAUUGUGGUCAGAUGGUGACAGGAGAAGCAGGAGUUGGCUCCUUGCUAUUGGACACUGUCAAUUUGUCUCAAACCAGUUAAGCAAAGCAUUCAUGCUGGGGCCUGAGUAUAUGUGUGGGUGGCACCUUGACAGAGGGUAGGAAGCCUAAUGAAUAGCAAUUGAUUCCCUGGAGUAGGUCUGAUACAAAUGUAUUUUCAUAAUGCAUCAAAGUGCAUCUCUUGUGUUUUUUGUACAUAUCUGUAUUAUGUAUCUACAGUAUAUGCACCCUGACAAAAUUACAGUAGUUUGGUAUUUAAGACAUUUCCUCACCCUGUUUUAAAUAAGUUAUUCCUUGUUACUGAUUAACCUUAGCAAGACUGUGCAUUUACUUCCCAAAGGACAAUACUGGCUGUGGGCAGGACCCAGUAUACAUAUGUAAUUUGUAUUUUUUAUAAUGUUUACAUCAUAUAUUGUUGAUACUACUCAAAUCAGGUCAGGGUUUUUUGACACUAUUUUUAUUCUAUUUUCUCAAGGUUUGGUAAUGUACAGCUGUUAUAGAUUUGCUAAACACUCUAGUUUAUGAUUACAUUUCAGGCUUUUCUUUUUUGUUAAGGUUUAAUGCCAACAAAUUCAGGUUUGGAGAACACAGCAUACAAAUGUCACUCCAUCCUCUCACUUAUUUUACUACAAAAAUGUGUUUUAACAAUGACUUAAGAAUGUUUCAGCUGCUGUACUUGACACAGGAUUGCCAAGCAGAUGUAUCAUUCUUCAAGAAUGCUAUUGUUUUUAUGUGCUAAAGGCUCAAAAUAA